AUGGCGGUUAUAUGUCAGAUCUCAGUGACCUUUGAGGAUGUGGCUGUGGACUUCACCCAGGAGGAGUGGGCAUUGCUGGAUCCUUCCCAGAAAAACCUUUACAGAGAUGUGAUGCUGGAAAUCCUCAGAAACCUGGCUUUUAUUGAAAACAAAUUGGAUGAAAAGAAUAUUGAAGAUGAGAUAAAAAAUUCUGAGAGCAUUCUAAGGUAA